UUUAAAACCACCCAUUACCUUAAUAGUAACUGCACUAAAGCCAGUGAAAACGAAAGCAACUUCAAAUGACAUAUGUUUUAGUUCAGUAUAUAUCGUGCUGUUCAUAAAAUAUUAUUGAGUCUCUCACGGGAGACCCGACAUUGAAUUUACUGCACUAAAUGCAUGUUUAUGUUGUUGAAACCAGAGCCAUAACUUGUCGUUUGUAUGUAGCAUGGGAUGGGGAUUUCCCAGUAGCGCUAAGAACACUGCUGUAACAACCGAUUGGUGCUGGCAUUAAGCGGCAUCAGCGUGGUUAAAUGAGAUAAGGUGCAAAACAACACACAUAGACCACCCAAUUGAAAGUGUCUGCCAUGUCCUACUGCCGUGAAAAGUAGCUUUCUUGUGUUUCUACUGUGCGUUGAUGUUCAUGAGGAGCGAAGGCAGUGUUGUAAGCUAUCCAGCCCACGGGUGCACUGUUUCGGGAGGGGAUUUCUGUUCUGUUUUACAAGUGGAGCGCGCAUAAGAGCCCAUUUUGCAUAGAUUCUCAUGUCUGCAGAGGAGAAUGAGUGUGUCUGGUCGAGAGAGCAAUCAAGACAGUGUGUUAAUGGUGUCAAAUGGGAGCUGGAGUCUUUGCUGCCUGCCCGGACUCUGCACUUCGUAGAACGUAUUGGGGAGCAGUACAUGUGUCCCGUCUGCAACAGUGUCGUGCUCAAUCCCCACCAAGCAGGAUGUGGCCAUAUAUUUUGCUACCAGUGCAUCCGAACCCUGAUGGACAGCCAAACUAGUCCAAAGUGCCCAUUAGACAAUAUGCUUAUCAAGUCAGAUGAGGUGUUUCAGGACAACUGCUGCAGAAGAGAACUGCUAAACCUGGAGGUUUACUGCACAAAUGCAUCAUCCUGCUCCCACAAGAUCACUCUAAGGCAUUUGCAGGACCACCUAAAAUGUUGUGAAUAUGAGUCUGUGGAGUGCUCAAACCAGGGCUGCGCAGAAGAAACACACCGAAAAGACCUUCUGGAGCAUCAGCAGAGUGUCUGUUCGUUCCGCCUUGAGCUGUGUACUCACUGUAGAAAAGCGUACCCCCUCGCCCAGCUAAAGAAACAUGGAGCCAUUUGUCCUGAGGCUGAAGUGGACUGUCCCAAAUGUGUUCAAAGGAUAAGAAGAAACAAAGUCCAUGAGCAUGUCGUUGAGUGUCCUGAAGAAGAGACAGAUUGCUCUUACAGAAAGUAUGGCUGUAGUACCAGGGCGAAGAGAGCACUGGUUCAAGUCCAUGAAAAAACGGAGUUUAAUCACCACGUCCUGCUGAUUUUGGAGAGCAAUAGUAAGCUGGAGAAACAGGUGGAGGACCUCCAGCAGGACCUGGUCCACAGACACAGUGUGCUGCAGGACCACAGCCUGCUGGUCAACACGCUGGACAGGGAGGUCACCAAGUGUGACCGCACCCUUACUGGCCACAGCUGCACCCUGGAGGAGCAGAGAGAGUGUGUGUCCAGCGUCCAGCAGCAGCUGCAGGCUCUGAGGUGUGUGUUGGGAGCAGACCUCGGCCAGGACCAGCUCCAGAGCCUGAGGGCCUCUCUGGACUCCCUCAGGCAGCGGGUGGAUGAGGCCGAGGCCCUCAGGGAACAUCUGGGUGUUCUGGAGCAGACGGCCCAGCGCCACUCCCGUCUCCUGUCCAUCCACGUGGAACAGCUGCAGAGCAACGAGGAGCGCUUCCGCCACCUAGAGUCCACCUCGUACGAUGGCAAGCUCAUCUGGAAGGUCCGUGAAUACCGACGCAGGAAAGAGUCUGGCGCCCCCCUCAGCGCCACCCCCUUCUACACCAGCCGCAGCGGGUACAAGCUGAGCGCUCGUGUCUACCUGGGUGGCGACGGGCCUGGCCGCGGUACCCACCUGUCCUUGUAUCUGAUGCUGAUGCGCGGAGACUUCGACUCCCUGUUGCCCUGGCCCUUCCACCAGCCAGUGGUGCUCUCAGUGUUGGAUCAGAGCGGAGGUAGGAAUCAUCUGACUAUGGGCUUCACCCCAGACCCUGACAAUGACAGCUUCUACCGGCCCCGCAGCGAGGCCAACAAGGCUGCCGGGUACCAGCUGUUUGUCUCCCAUGCCAACUUGGAGACACCAAAGAAUGCCGUGUAUGUGCGCGACGAUACCCUUUUCAUCAAGGUCCAGGUGGACACCGUGGGGCUGGAGGACCUUUAGCAGACUCCCAGCUGACAGGCGCUUCAGUUCUGGGACAGUUUUUGGAGAUUUUUUGACAACCGUGUGUACUGGCUAAUAAAAAAGCUUCACUGAUUCACAGCAAAUUGAGAAUGUUCUGAUCGAAAUGACCAAAUGGCCAAGAUCACACAAAAAACGGUUCCCUUGAGGAGUGUCAGAAGAAAUGUAGAAAAUCGUUUUUGUGUUCAUACUACUCCCUCUUUUCAUCCAUUCAUUCAUUUUUUUCAACCAUUCAGUUUUCAUUGAGUUGUGUGUUACAGUUGGAGUUCUGUUACAUGUUAAUAAUUAACUUGAAAACCCCUUACAAUGUGAACUUUCUACAGGCAUCGAAUACGUUGCUGUACAAAUGCAUCUUACAAAUACAUAUUCUUUUGAAAAGUC